UUUUUGUUUUUCAAAAUGUCUCCGGUUUUUCUCGCUGUGAGACAUAACUAACUUUGGUAAUAAAUUAAUAAUAUGUAAACGCGAAAUUAAACUGAAAAUCACCAUGUCGUCGGAUGUUCAUAAUGUGAACUAAACUUUAAAAAUCUAAGAAAAAUAAUCGACUCAAAAAUUUUCAAGAUGUUGACUAACUAACAAGCAAAUUUCAGAAUAACAUGUCCAAACCAGUCAGAAGAGGGGAUAUAUCAAUCACACCAGAGAUGAUUAGGGAUAUUGUGGAAGAAUUGCAGAUGAAAAGACUUUAUGUGCCCUCGUCUUUAAUUUUAAACCAUCUUCAAAGUUAUUAUCCUACGAGAAAUAAGACCGCGGAGAUUCUUAAACAAGAACUGAAGAACGGUUUAAUUACAGCAGUUAGUAAUGGAUUGAUCGUGAAUUGGGGGAAUGAUAAAUAUUGUCUUCCUACUUUUCGUCAGGAAGCAAUGUCUGAAAAGUCGAAAUUCUCAGCAUUUCAUGAAAGAUAUUAUUACAAUAAAGGUUUUCAUGGGUCUACAAAGAUUUGGAAGAUUUCAUGGGUUUACAAAGAUUUGGAAAAUUUCAUGAAGAUUUGUAAAUAUUUGAAAGGUGAGAGACUAAAAUCUGAAAUGCAAAAUAACUUUAUGGAGUUAAACUAGGAGCGGAACAGUGGGACUUCUGUGUCACGGGAGGAAACGAUUCUGCGCUCUUCGCAUCCGGCUUUUUUUCAUUCCAUCUGGUCUCGGUGCCAGGAAAGUAACAAGAUAAGCGCAACAGGUACGCAACAGGGCGCUACCAAGAGCAAUUUAAUUCAUCCGAUAACAUACAUGAAUUUCAUCCCAUAUUGAAAUUGUGAUUUAAUAAAAAGAAAUGAUAACAGUUAUAAAA